AUGACUCGGUCCAAACUGGAGUCUUUAGUGGGUGACCUGAUCAAGCGCACGGUGGCGCCAUGCCAGCGCGCGCUGCAGGACGCUGAGGUGGCGCGCACCGACGUGGGGGAGGUGCUGCUUGUGGGGGGGAUGACCAGGAUGCCCAAGGUACGAGAUGGUAUGGGAAUGUCUGAGUCUGAAAGACCGAGGUGUCCAGGGUAUGUGGGGAGAUGGUGUAAGUUCAGGGUGUGGGUGUCGGGUCGUGUCAAAGGUAUAUCAGAUACUGUGGGUUGUGGGAUUGAUGGUAUG